UUAGGGACCUUCCUGCCGGGCUGGGGGAACCUACACAACAAGGGACCUUCGUGUGGGGCUAGGACAGGGCUAGGAGCCUAAGCAACUAGGAACAUUGUGACGGGCUUGGACCCUAAUCAACUAGGAACCUUCGUGACGGGCUAGGAACCUAAACAACUAGGAACCUUAGUGACGGGCUCUGGUUUCCUGCAGCGCUGCUGAUGUGAUCAUGUUGUGCUAGCAUCUCUAGCUCGCAGAGGCCGAACUGAUACAUUUCUAUUUUCAUGGAUGUGUUUGCAUAACCGGAUUAAGCUUGACCAGGCCACUCCUAGUAUAGGGAGAGGAUGGCACAUCCACAUAUUCCACCUCAGCUGCCCCCGGGGGCAAAAAUGCUGGAAGGUGAUAAUGACUCCAAUGGGGACUCUGGAGUAGAGGAGGAUGUAGUAGAAGAUACAGGUGGUUGCCAAGGAAGCGGAACACAAGAGGACUGUGUUGAGCAAGAAUGCAAUGAAGAGAGCAAUGGGGAUGAGGGACAUUUUACAAUUUUUGUUGCUUUUAAAGGAAACCUUGAGGAUGAAGACUUUGCAGAAAAACUCAACAGAGUUGUAAUUGGCAUACCCAGCAUUAUUGAUUUAGGCUCAGAGACACUGCAGCCAAAGCGCGUGGAAAAAUGGAACAGCGUACGUGUUACCUUCAACAUCCCCAGGGAUGCUGCAGAACGCCUGCGGUUGCUGGCCCAGAACAACCAGCAACAGCUACGAGACCUGGGCAUCCUCUCAGUACAAAUAGAGGGGGAGGGACCCAUAAACGUCGCCAUGGGCCAGAACCGAGGCCAAGAGGUCCGGGUGAAUGGGCCAAUCGGGAUGCCUGGCCAGAUGAGAAUGGACAUGGGGUUUCCAGGUCAGCCUGGUCCAGCUAUGAGGAUGCCCAAUCCAUCAAUGGUGCCCCCUGGGCCCAGCAUGGCCGGGCAGGUGAUGGUUCCGGGCGGCAGUGGACAGAUGCCUCCCCGAGGUCGAGGAUCAACCACUCAGAUAGACGGGAUGGACCCAAUGAUGUCAGUUCAGCAGCAGCAGCAGCAGCAGCAGCAACUCCAGCACCAACAGGCGGGUCCACACGGCUCGGGUCAAAUGCCCCCGCAGGCCGCCCAUCACAUGCAAGCAUUGCAGGUUGGCAGGCAGCUUAACCCUGCCGCCUUGCAACAGCUUCAGCAGCACCAACAGCAGCAACAACAACAACAACAACAACAACAACAACAACAACAACAACAACAACAACAACAACAACAACAGCAGCAGCAGCAGCAGCAGCAGCAGCAGCAGCAGCAACAACAGCAAGCGCAGCUGUCCCAACUUGGACCUAGACCUCCGUUCAACCCCUCUGGCCCGAUGGCUGUUCCUCCUAACUGGAACCAGCUACCAUCUGGGGUCCUGCAGCCACCAGCCGCCCAAGGGGGCCCUGCAUGGAGAAAGCCACCUCCUCAAGGCCAAAUCGGUCAGCGCCCCCCUUCCCUAGCUGCCGUUCAGACUCCCAAUCACCCUCCACCUCCCUACCCAUAUGGCAGCCAACAAACUGGACAGGUCUUUAAUGCCAUCGGACAGGGUCAGUUGCAGCAGCAACAGGGUGGCAUGGGACAGUUUGCAGCCCCUCAGCCUAAAGGCCCUCAGACAGGCCCUGGGGGUGUAGUAGGUCCCCCUAGGCCCCCCCCGCCGCUCCCGCCAGCCCCUGGACAGCAGGGUAACCUUGCCGCCAAGUCCCCCGGUUCCUCCUCGUCUCCUUUCCAGCAAGGUUCCCCCGGGACCCCUCCAAUGAUGGCCCAGCGACCGACCACCCCACAGGGUUUCCCCCAGGGUGUGGGCUCCCCAGGAAGAGCGGCUCUCGGACCGCAGGGGAAUAUGCAGCAAGGCUUUAUGGGAAUGCCUCAGCAUGGACAGCCAGGGGCCCAAGUUCAUCCAGGUGCAAUGCCAGGCAUGCAAAAGCGUCCCAUGGGCUUUUCAAACAUGACUGGAAACCAGAACUUUGUGCAGGGUCAAGUGAGUGGCACUACUCCUGGAACACCAGGAGGGGGAGCUGGUCAGCAGCUUCAGAGCGGUCAAGCCAUGCCUCAUCAAGGGCCACAGCCAUCCUCCGUUGCUCCCAACACGAUGCAGGGACCGCCUCAUGCCCAAGCUAAUGUUAUGGGUGUACCAGGCGGUCAGCCUCCUGGUGCCGCUGCCGGAGCUAGUAUGGGCCAGACGCAACCUGGCCUCCAAACCCAGAUGAUGGGCCUCCAGCAUCAGGCCCAGCCCGUGUCCUCCUCCCCCAGCCAGAUGGUUCAAGGCCAGGGUGGAGGUCAGACGGUCCUCUCCAGGCCCCUAAGUCAGGGGCAGAGAGGAGGGAUGACCCCACCCAAGCAGUUGAUGCCUCAACAAGGCCAGGGGGUGAUGCAUGGGCAGGGUCAGAUGGUUGGAGGCCAGGGGCACCAGGCCAUGCUGCUACAGCAACAGCAGCAGCAGCAGCAGCAGCAAGCGCAGCAACAACAGCAGCAAGCGCAGCAACAACAGCAGCAAGUGCAACAGCAGCAGCAGCAGCAACAACAACAGCAGCAGCAGCAGCAGCAGCAACAACAACAACAACAACAGCAACAGAACACCAUGAUGGAACAAAUGGUUCCCAAUCAGAUGCAAGCGAACAAGCAGGCUUUUGUAGGAAAGGUUCCGGCGGGGGUCAUGCCUGGCCAGAUGAUGCGGGGCCCUUCACCAAAUGUUCCAGGGAACAUGGUUCCAUUCCAGGCCCAGGUCGGCCAGCAGCAGCAGCAGCAGCAGCAGCAGCAGCAGCAGCAGCAGCAACAGCAUUUGACUCCACAACAACAGCAGCAACAACAAAUGGCUCAACUCCAGCAACAGCAGUUACAGCAGCAGCAACAGCACCAGCUUCAACAGCAACAAAUGCAACAGCAGCAGCAGCAACUACAGCAGCAGCAGCAGCAGCAGCAACAACAACAACAACAACAACAACAACAACUACAGCAGCAGCAACAGAUGAACCAGCAGCAGCAGGUUCCCAUGGCCGGGAAUCCAAACCAGGUGAUGGGUAUGCACGGGCAGCAGAUGAGGCUGCCUGCUGGGCAUCCCCUUGUUCAACAGCAGCUACAGCAGCAGCAGCAGCUACAGCAGCAGAAACAACAGCAGGCAAUGUUGCAACAACAACAGCAGCAGCAGCAACAACAACAACAACAACAACAACAACAACAGGCAGCCCAGCAACACCAACAUCCACUGGGCGACCCAAACAGCGGGCCAGGUGAAUUGGGUGUCCAACAGAUGCUGCCUGAUAUGCAGGGUCAGCAGCCGCAAGGCAUGAUGGGAACCCCUCAGCACAUGCAGGUGGGCAACGGCCACUUUCAAGGACAUGGCAUGAACUUCAACCCACAGUUCCAAGGGCAGAUGCCCAUGGCGGGGGCAGUGGGACCACAAGGGGGCUUCCCUGUUAACAAGGAUGUAACGCUGACCAGCCCACUGCUGGUCAACCUGCUCCAGAGUGAUAUCUCUGCCAGCCAGUUUGGGCCAGGAGCGAAGCAAGGAGCAGGGGGUAAUAACCAGGCCAAGCCCAAGAAGAAGAAACCCCCGCGAAAGAAGAAACCUAAAGUUGGAGAGCAAGCUGAUGGCCUGGGUGGUCUGGAUGGGGCUUCUGGUCUGGAGGACUCUGACCUACCUGGGAUGGCUGGAGAUCACAGUUUAGUCAUGGAUACCUCUGGUCCUAAACCCCCUGAUUUUCCCAACAGGCCUGCAGGCUUCACUGCCCAACCCGGAGAGCAGCGAGUGUUGCAGCAGGUGCCCAUGCAGUUUAUCCAACAACAGCAGCAGCAGCAACAACAACAACAAAUGCAGCACUUGCAGCAGCAGCAAAUACAGCAGCAGAUGCAGCAGCAGAUGCAACAGCAGCAAUUACAGCAGCAACAGAUGCAGCAGCAGCAGCAGAUGCAACAAAUGCAGAUGCAGGGGCAACAGGGGAUGGCCGUAACCCAGCCUCCUGGCCAAGCCCAGGCUCAAAUGCAUCCUCACCAGCUUCAGCAGCAGCAGCAGCAACAACAACAACAACAACAACAACAUCAACAACAACAGCAGCAGCAGCAGCAACAACAACAACAACAACAACAGCAGCAGCAAGCCCAGCCACCACACCUUCAACAGCAGCAGCAGCAGCAGAUGAUGAUGAUGCAGAAGAUGCAGCAGGAACAGGCUAAGAACCGUAUGUCCAUUCCUCCUGGAGGUCAACUGCCUCCCAGGGGGAUGGUCAAUCCAGGGGACGUUCACAGAAUGCCAGUUUCCCAACAAGGAGGUAUGCCUGCGAUGAUUAACCUGCAGGGGAAUGUAGGAGUGCCGCCUUCACCUGACAAACCUAGAGGGAUGCCUCUGGGCGUCAACGCACAGCUCGCUGGAGGACCGCGGAGAAUGUCUCAUCCAGAUGUCGGGCCGGCUUCUCAAGGGUCUGAAACAGAAGAGGCCCCCCCUGGAGGAGGCCACACCAUGCAGGGCAGGCCCGGAGUCCCAGAGCUGGUGAUGCAGUCUGGAAAUGGAGCCCAACAGAUGAUGGUCAAUCCAGCCUCCAAUGCUCACAUGAUGAAGCAGGGCCCUCUUCCGCCGUCCAUGCCCCAGCACCCUGCAGCCAGUCCCCAGCAGCAGCUCCCCUCACAGGCGCAACAAGGGGGCCCCAUGCCUGGCAUCCACUUCCCUAACGUUCCCACAACCUCGCAGAGCUCCAGGCCCAAAACCCCCAACCGGGCGAGCCCCAGGCCAUACCAUCACCCCCUGACUCCGACUAAUCGGCCCCCCAGCACAGAGCCGUCCGAAAUCAACCUGUCCCCGGAGCGACUCAAUGCCUCCAUCGCAGGGCUGUUCCCCCCUAAAAUCAACAUUCCCUUGCCUCCAAGGCAACCCAACCUGAAUAGGGGCUUUGACCAACAGGGUCUGAACCCCACUACGCUGAAGGCUAUAGGGCAGGCCCCACCGAACUUAAACCUGCAAGGCAGCACAAAUAACGGCAGUGGAAACAAUGGUAACAAUGGGCAGCAGUCAUUCUCUUCUGCAGGUGGGGCGGCAGGUCCAGGUAGUAAGCUGGACAAGCAGUCCGGAGGGCAGGCCAAAAGGGCCAGUCCCAGCAACAGUCGAAGGUCCAGUCCAGCCUCCAGCCGGAAAGCAGCCACUCCAAGUCCAGGGAGGCAGAAGGGGACAAAGAUGGCUCUCGCUGGUCCUCCCAACCAGCAGCAGAUGAUAAAUGCUCCGGGGUCUGCCAUGAUGCUGAACCACCCCGCAGUAGCCUCCAAUCUGGUAUCCAUGCCCUCACCAGUUGCUGCCGCCCCCGAGACUCAGCCUGCCCAGAACACCUUCAUUGGCAUGCAGGGUAACCCCUCUGAGGGACCCAAGGAAAGCCAGGGAACCAUGCCUCAGCCCCAAUCCAUGGCCCAUCCUCAGCCUUCCAGAGAGUUAUCUGCCCCUACUAGAAUGGCUAGUCCCCGUGUCCCCACACCCCAUGAGGGCGGAGUUGUACCGCAAGCAGGUUCGGUUGAGAGGCAACCUGUGAACACGACACCCACGCCAGACUCUGUUCCCGAGGCCUUGUCCGCUUCAAAGGACGCACCAGUGUCUCUCAAUCAGCUUCUGGAAAUCCCCAACGCAGCUGGUAUGCCUCCGCGGCCCACGCAGAGCGCGCCUGCCAGGGACGUGGCGAAGGAGAGUCCCAAGCCUCCAUCGGCUCCAGAAAGACAACAGCCCAGUGUUUCUCAGGCCUCAGACAUUCCAUGCCCGGUUGCUCCAGCCCCUGCCCCGGUGGAAAUGGAAGCUCCACCCAAGCCUGCUCCCUGCGUUCCCACCAGCAGCCCUAGCGUGCAGACAACUGCGAGCACUACCGUUAACACUAAUCCAACCUCCGUCCCCAGCCUCAACAAUAACCCCUCCCUGAGUCAAGCUGUCCAUCCCACUCAGAGCAUCGUCGCCACGACUACCCACGCCUCUGCUCCGAUUCCAAACACUAAUGCCACCCUCGCUGUAGCCCCCCAGUCAGCCUCUUCUAGCAACAGCAGUCCUCUAGCGGCCGUCUGCUCCAGCUCCACCACCAGCUCUGUCGGCUCCAAGCCCAGCCCUAGCCCCAAGCCUGCGGCUGCUGUUCACUCCAUCAUACAGUUACCCGCCGCGUCAAGCCCCAUCGCCUCUAGUCAAAUUACUGUGUUUGUUACCUCGAAUCCAAUCCCCCCUGCCCCCGCGACGCAGGCACCACCAGGCAUGGUCGCAACCAUGGUCGUUACCAACAAAAAUAUUAGGCCGCAGGACGUCCGACAGCAGACCCCCAACCCCCGCCCGCCCCAGUUCAUCACUACCAAGCCUGUAUUCAUCAACCCUAUUUUCCAGGUCCCUGGAGCCUCUGUGGCCCCCAACACAACCGUGGUGUCCCAGCCAGUAACCAUGGUAGCACCGAUCGCAGUGCCCACACACAUCCAGCUCUCGCCAGCUCCAGGCUCCACCCAGCCCUCUGGCACUACAGUAUCCAGCGCUCAGCCCGUUAGAACAGUCGGGGGCCAGGUCCCGUUGACGACCAAUACGUCUUCACCGGCCCCAGCUGUCACACCCCCGGCCCCCCAGCAGACAAACUGUGGGGCUAUCAAAACUGAAAGCGUGGUACAGGUAGCCCUCGGGCACAAGUCCAGUCCGUUAGGCAGCCAGCCGCCAUCCCGUCUCGGCCCUCCUGCCCCGCCAUCGUCACCCUUUCAGCCCCCCCUGGCCUCCCCGCCCACCUCUUCUAGUCCUGGGACCACAACCCCGCUGAGAAAGAGCCCCGUGGGUCCUCCCUCUCCUGCUCUGGUUCAGAGUAAGCCUGUGCAGGUGGCCGCCCCUGUGCCCUGUCCACAAGACCCACCGCAGAGCGCCAGAGAGAAGCCUGCAGCGCCUGCCACUGCAUCUGUGGCUCAACUAGCCCCGCCCUCUACUUCUGCCUGUCCAGUCAGUCAAAGUGAUUCGCCAGUGACCCAGACCACGGCAGCUGCUUCAAAAGUGUCCACCGCAGUGUCCUCUCCAUCCCCAAUCCCAAAUCCCUCCCUACCCAUUGUGGCCCUUGCUCAGGCCCCCAGCCAGGCUUCAAGUUCUGCUCCCGCCGCUGUCUCGACUAAAAUCACCCAGGCUCCUGUUGUGGCUCCUAUGCCCACCGUUGCCUCCUCUGCUACCUCACUCCCCAAUCCUGCCCCUGUACAAAGUCCCCCAGCCUCCGUUGUGCCAGCCCCCACUGUGCCGGCUUCAGAGGUGGCCCAAUCCACGUCCUCGCCACCGCCUGACCCCAACAGAGAGGCUGCUGCCCCGUCUGAGUCCCCAGCUAUGGGCCCUCCCUCGCAGUCUGCCCCAGUCCCUCCAGCACUAAUUGAGCCCGCCGGUCCACAGUCACAGGAACCUAUCGCCAGUGAAAAGACAACAUCUGAAGAAGUCGUCACAGAACAAGGGGAGUUCAUUUGGUUGGCCAGGGGGGUACAUGGUGAAAUCAAUGAUCCGCGUGGCCCCAACACUUGGUAUGUAUGCAUGGCAUGCAACAUUUCAACAAUUCAAAUGCAUGUCUCAAAGAUAGAUCAACCGCAGUACUCAUUCUCUUAAGGAUGAGGCUUAAGCUUCCUCUUCUCUGAUCUUCUCACCUUCUGUUUAUGGCCAUCACAUUUCUUUCUUUCUUGGGUUUAUUUGAAUUUUCCCAAAAAUAUGAAGGGGGAAGUAAACCCAUGCUUUGUGCGCACCACAGUUUUUAGUUUACCGCUGUUUUUCCACUUCUAUCACAGAUGGGCAAAGAAAAGAAAGACGCCCAUCAACUUAGUCCCAAGGUAUGUAUUUAAGCCGUACUGGUGCUGCCAAGACACACGCAGUGACCACGCCGACCCUGCCACCUCGUAGUGGACACGGUGGGGGCUGAAGACGGGCAGUAUCUGUGGUAGACGAGGAGAAACAGCCGAGUCCCGAGUCCCAUGUGGUAUUGUAACUCUGACCAGAGGAGGGUUAAAGGAUUCCUGUGCCUACCCUCAUUAACAACCACUUCUUCCCUCCCCACUCUUGUCUGUCUCGGUUUGUUUUCUCCCUCUGUCUGCCUCUCCAGAGUGGCUGUGGAGAAGCCCAAGGGUCCGAGUCGCAGGAGCUCCCGGGCGGACAAGGAGGCGGAGGACGAGCCUGUAGCGGACAGCGGGAUGAGGAAGAGGUCGGCCAGGCCCGCUGCCUCCAGUGCUGCUUCCAAAG